AUGGCGAGCGGAUCAGAGUUUAAGAAGGGGUAUUGGACAAAAGAGGAAGACCGUCUUCUCAAACAACAUAUCCAACUUCACGGCGAAGCUCACUGGAGCUCUAUUCCUAUAACAUCAGGUUUGUUGCGAUGUGGUAGGAGUUGCAGGUUACGGUGGAUGAAUCAUCUUCGCCCCAAUUUAAAGCGUGGAAAAAUUUCACAAGACGAAGAAGAGCUUAUCAUAAGGCUGCAAAUACUGCUUGGCAACAGAUGGUCAUUGAUUGUAGGUCGGAUGCCGGGAAGAACAGACAAUGAGGUGAAGAAUUACUGGUAUAGCCGGUUGAAACAUAGGGUGCUCGGCAACAAAGUAUUAAGAUCUUCGGUUAGCAGAUUAACUGCUAAACGUUUAAACAAUCCAGCCAAGUCUCUGCCCACAGAAAUUGAAUCUGCAAAAUGGAAGGACGCGUGCAUAGAAGCACAAGGGCAGGAUAUUGCACUCGAAGUUGGAGAAGAAAUGGAGGAGCCAUCCAAAUGUGAUGCAUUUGAAAGAGAUGGGUAUCCGUCUGAAGUAUCACCUUGCAAUUUCUAUUUGUUUGAAGAGUCAAAUUCCCUCCUUCACUUGUGUUAUGAAGAGCAGAGUGAGAUAGAACAUUGGUUGUGA